AUGCUGGCAGAAGACCAAAACGUCCCUUCGGCCAACAGCGAGGAUGUCGCUACCCCAGUUUCAAUGAAUCCGAUCAAGGGUUUCGGGUUUCGGGUUUAG